AAUGGUGUCAAUGGUUGAGUGGAGUACCAGUGGUUCAGGUACACCAAACUAACAAAAGCAGCAGCUUCUCUUGGACCAAAAGUCAACAAACUAGCUACGUGGUAGCUAUAUGUUGAAGCACUCUUGGUUUUCAGUUAGUUGCAGCAAAAAAGAUACCCAGCAUGCGACGAAUGAGAUGUUGGACACUCUGGAAUCUUGCAGUUCUACCCGUUGGUUGGAACAUUGGCAUUGUCACUGCAAACGGACACUUCAAGUUGAGACGACAUCUGCAAGAACCCAACAACAAUGAUGGGCGUGAACCUCCUGCAUUGCAACCAGAGAUUAGUUUUUCGGGGGAUCAUACUUUCAUCAUGGAUGCAGCAUCAGCACCACCACCACCGCCAAAACCAAUAGCCGAGGAGGUGGACUACACGGAUAUCAAUGCCGAAAUUAUUGGAGGGAAUCUCUCGACGACUCCCUAUCCCUUCUUUGGGCGAUGGGAUCGAGGCUGUGGUGUUUCCUUGGUAGCUCCCGACAUGGUACUGACAGCCGCUCAUUGCGGUCGGACCAGUCAUCACCGCAACGUGUAUCUGGGAUCGCUCCAAGCCAAUGGAGGCGUCCGACGAACCUUUGUCCAAUCGAUACCUCAUCCCGACUACAACGACAACACGGAAGAGUUUGACGCCAUGUUAUUAAAGUUGAAUUCCAGUGCCUUGAUGGACCGGUGGUUCAAUGUCUCGGAACAAGAAUGGUUCAACGCCAGUACGGGACUCUCGACCGUCGAAUACAACCGAAACCACAGCAAUCCACACGCCGGAGAUGACUUGUUGGUGAUGGGAUUUGGUGUGACACAAGUCAGUCAAUCGGUGCAAGUGGCAGAAUUGUACGAGUUGACGGUACCGGCGUUCAACCGCACUUGUCCCUCACGGUACGGCGAAGGAGAAAUUUUCCCAAACGUCAUGAUCUGUGCGGGGUAUCCCGAGGGUGGAAGAGACACCUGUCAAGGCGACAGCGGUGGUCCCCUGGUAGAUGCCAAUGGCGUGCAAGUGGGCUUGGUCAGUUUUGGUAGAGGAUGCGCCGAGGCAGGCUUCCCAGGAGUCUACACACGGGUCAGUGCCUUGGCUGCUUGGAUCGACGAGGAGGUAUGUGCCAAUAGCUGCUACCCUCCCAGCACUUGUGCACCCGAUGUUCUGCAUUUGUGUGCCCGCAACAAGGAAGAUAAAUCGCCCACGGCCGCGGUGGUGCUCAAAGUCAUUGUAGCUGCCGAUGCCUAUCCCAAUGAGGUGUCGAUUACCUUUCGACAUGUCGACUACAAUGAAGACUAUUGGUCUGUACCCUACAAUACCGUCCCCGUCGAGAAGGGGGCUGAUGGGCUCUUUAUGUUUGAAGAAAUCAUCCCCCGACAUAUACCUUCUGGUCGGCUCUACUUGGGCGUCUUUGACAGCGCCGGCGAUGGCAUUUGCUGUAUCUUUGGAAGGGGGUACAUUGAAAUUGUCAAUGUGGCCACCAAUCGCACCGUCUUUCACCACGAGGGAACGUACGGAUCCUCAUUGGAGCGGUACAUUAAUAUUGAUGGCAAUGGUAAGCCUCUUUGGGUGGACAAUGAUCCCCGUACGACAGACGACGUGAUCCCGGCAUCGGAUACUUCCUACGAUGCCGAGAGGGAUGAUCCUCUGUGGCCGGGAGCUUAUUCCAGGCGCACCAGUCUAUACACUGUAACCGUCAACGUCAUGUAUGAUGAUUACCCAGAAGAGACCCACGUAAAGUGGAUCAGACUGAACAGUAUCCCCUACAAUACACCCAUCACACCCAAGGCCAUUGACACCGAUUCCUUCAAUAUAAGUGCGGAAAAGUCAUCGCUCGAUAUAACUUCGGAGCAGCCAUCGCUCCGAUCCAACGGAAUCUCGUCGUACAAUCUGACCGCCAAUCCAGGACUUCAUCGUGUGCAAAUAACGGAUGCUGCAGCCGAUGGGAGCUGCUGCUAUUGGGGAAAUGGUUUUAUAACAAUCACAAAUGCAACCCAUGUUCUGUGGAGCCUUACCGGCAAUCAAUACACCAAUGAAUCAAGCGCUUACAUUUGGAUUGACGGAGAUGGAACCUCCCAAAUAGCAGACUAUAUUCCUGGCAAGGGUUACUACCUGAUACAGGAACACAACAAUACAAAUGAUAGCGGUGAAACUUCUGGUUCCGCAACAAUAGAGCUCCUUAUGAGCGACUCCGACGACUGAUCAUGCUACCAAGAUGGAGGGACGCUUACCAAAAAUUGGUGUCUCCUGAUAACCCUUGUUUCUUCUGGCUCUGCGUGCGCUUUGGUGGAACCCUGCAAUAGAAAAAGGCCCCAGACCUACAUGUAUUUCAAAGAAUACCAAUGAAUCUACAUUUCAGCUACAGUUUCCUGGUAGGUGGCACUGUAGUCACAGUCGCACAUUGAUCAGCAUCGGCAGCCUCGAAACUCUGGCCAUGCGCCGUCAGCUGCAGAGCACCAUCCAUGCUUGUAGCACCAUUGUCAUUAAGGUAGACCUUUCCACACCAGCCCAGUUUCAAAGGAUACGACGAUGGACCCGCAAUGCCUUGACAAGCCUGGGUUUGUUUAUAGAAGAAUGAUGUGAACUUGACAGCGUCGCCAGCCUUGAAACCAAGAGUGGUCUUCAUCGCCUCUGCAACCUCAGCAGUAACAUGAUAGUACACGAGGCAGCCAGGCGAUUGGCCUUCAACUUCGACCAAACUCUUGACACUUAUGAGCAAGUUUUCAUCGCAGGAGUUGUACAUGCUGCUCUCACUAACAGGAGCCUCAACCAACGUUCUGGGCGGUUUUGUGGCUGAUCCUUGGUUCUCAGAUGAAGUAGACACCUGUGGUAGAAUGACUGGACCGGGCCCAAAGUAGAUCUCCUCUUGCAAGCUAAAUCCUUGGGCUGCCAAACCCAAAAUGCCACUUGUUGUUGUGGCACUUCCAUCAUUCAAAUAGGCAUACCCGACCCAGCCAUCAAAUAGCCUCGGUGGAGCCUUGGGUCCCACAAACCCAUCACAAAGAGAUGAACCCUCAUUUUUGUAGUUAGAAUUGAAGAUCACCGUGUUUCCAGUUUCAAAACCCAGGGUGGUCUUGUUAACUCCAACCACAGUGGCAGUGACUUGGACAUCAGUGAUGCAUCCAGCUUGUUGUCCAACCAUGUUGGAGACACUGUUGACACUGAUCAUGAGCACUUCUUCGCUCAUGUUGCUUAGAGCUUGUGGUGAAGUAUCUGGCGUGUAUAUGGCAGCAUUUGAUCGGUUGGCACUGAGUGAAAGCAGAGCUAGAAUGAUAGACUUUUGUAGGCUCAUUGUAUCCUUGAAGUUGCUGUUGUCGUUUCCAGUUUUCGUUUUUUUCGUUAUUGUGUUUUUUGUUUGUGAUUUUGAUUUAUGAGAUCAUCGAGAAGGGAAAGGAGGGAUCUCUCCAGGAUAGAUUUGCCGGCAAUGAAUCAUACAGCGUCCAAGGCUCGUGGCUACCAAAACCGCUCGGUGCAAUUGAGCUCUGAACCGAUUGACACAAGCAUGACUUGCUUGGGAGCUGGCGAGCUGGCCUCUUUUGAGUCAUUCCUGCACGCAGUCCCCGCCAGACAUGCUUUCUUGCAUCACUUGCGUCGAUUGAAUCAUACACUGUGUACCAUUCAAUCGUCAAUCAUGAUCGCUG